AGAAAAAUAAUAAAAAAGUAAAAGAGACUUGUGGCAAGUCUAGAUGUGACCAUGAACCAGGAAGUGCAUAUAAUGUCACUUCACUGCUGCCUGUGGGUUCAUUUUGGUUUGUACAAACCAGUCAGUUAGAAUUCCUCCAUGCCAUGGUCAGAAUGUAUUCCAGAAACAUUAUGCGUGGUGUCAUAGCUACCCCAGCAGCAACGAGUACGAACUUAUACCACACUCCAUCACUGAGAUCUAUGCCAGCAAUCCUUGCGAACAGACUGUUCACAAAAACCGAUGUCGGCUCCGCCAUCCACCGAGGAUAUAGCUGCAACAGCCAAACUAAGCUUGGAGAUGACCCUGUGCAUAUGAAGUCUUAUAAAAGCAUUCCUCUAGCUGGCUUACCUGGCAUCGGGAAUCUACCAUAUUUAUUAAGACACGGUUUUGGUGCUCUGCAUUUGAAUCAGAUUGAAAUGUGCAAGAAAUAUGGCACGCUGUUUCGUGUCCAAAUUGGUCCCAUUGAAACCCUUCAGAUAUCCGAUCCAGAUCUUGUUGAGGAGAUGAUGCGUCAAGAAGAUUCAAAUCCUGUUCGUGUUGAUAUUGCACCAUGGAAAGCUUACCGAGAUCUGAGGAGAUUUGACUACGGACUGGUAACACUAGAUCAUGAACCAUGGCAUAAAGCACGUAGUAUUCUGAGCAAGCCCUUGAUGCGACCAAAAGAAAUUGUUCAGUACAUCGACAAAUUGAAUGAAGCAGGAGAUGAACUCAUUCAACGGUUGGUACGAGUGAUGAGAGACACGGGAGAAGGGGACACUGUUCCCAACCUGGACAAUGAACUUUACAAGUGGGCCUUAGAAUCUGUGGCCAUUGUACUGUUUGAUACUCGUCUUGGAUGUUUGAAAGACUCCAUCCCAGCUGAAGCGCAAGAGUUUAUAGACGCAAUUAAUAAGAUGUUCAGCACUCUAUGGCCACUGAUGAUGCUACCAAUGCGUUUACACACCUCACUGAAUACCAAAGUUUGGAGGAGGCAUGUUGAAGCAUGGGAUACUAUAUGGAAUACAGCUAUGAAAUAUAUAAAUCAGAAAUGCAAAUCUAUCAGUGAAAGCAAUAAAAGUCACCAGGAAGAUGACGUUGUGGACAUUUUGACAUAUCUACUGGCCAAUGAAAAGCUCCCGAUGAAUGAAAUAUGUGGCAACGUGGCAGAGUUAUUACUAGGAGGUGUGGACACGACUUCGCAUACUCUACUAUGGGCAAUGUACAGGCUUUCAAGAGCACCGGACUGCCAGGAACGCCUACACUCAGAGUUAGUGAGUGUGCUAAAUGGAGCACCUCUUAAUGAAGACAACAUUAACCAACUUCCAUACCUCAGAAGUGUCAUCAGGGAAACGCUAAGGCUGUACCCGGCUGGUCCUAACAACAGCAGAAUUCCACAGAAGGAUAUUACACUUGGGGGAUUUAAUAUUCCAAAAGGUACAAAUAUCUUGAUGGCAAAUUAUGCAAUGUCAAGAAAUGAAGAAAACUUUGAAGACGCCAAUGAAUUCAAGCCAGAACGAUGGCUUAGAGGAAACGAAAGCAAAAUUAAUAAAUUUGCUUCACUGCCAUUUGGUUACGGAACACGUAUGUGCAUUGGAAAGAGGCUUGCUGAAAUGGAGGUCAAAAUAUCAAUUUCAAAGAUUUGCCAGAGGUUUUUAUUGAAAUCAACAGAUGACAAAGAGCUUGUAGGAAAUUUAAGAGGUUUAUUGACUCCAGAAAAAAACAUUCCGGUUAGGUUUGUGAGUAGAAAUGCGAGGGAUUGAAAAUAUCUAAUACAGUACUGAUCUAGUUUAAUUGACAUAUAAACUGAUUAGUUGAUAGGGUAUAUAGCAUAAAAUGAUCAUCAUUAUUACAGUAUGUUUACAUAUUGUAUUAAAGUAACCUCAAACUGCAAUAUCUCUUGAUGGGCACUUAUAAUCCAUCUCUCAUAAUGCAAAAAGGUAAAGGCACAGAAAUGUUUGGGUCAGUAGUAAUGUCGUCAGUGAUUUUCUAAAAUAUGUUAAUAUUAAAAGUGUGUUGAUAUUCUAUUGUUUUUGGUUCUAUAAAAGGAAGCAAGGAGAUAAGAAUGAUUAUAAAUUUUAGUAAGCAUACUUUGCACAUUAUCAUAGUACAAUCAGGAAGGAAUUGACGCCAUAUUUAAUUCCAGGAAUACUUAAGAAAUUUAAUGCAUUAAAAUGAUGCUGCACACCUUGGUAUAUCUCGCAGUACUGCCACCAGAUAGGGGGGGCCCUAUUUUAAUUUUGUUCUUUACAAGCAGCACAUGUUUGCUUCAAACAACUUUUAUGUGUAUAUCACUUCGCCUUCUAGUUUGUGGUAGUGCUUUUCGAGGUAGCAUUCCAUUUCACCGAAACUCCUACAGUUGGACCUCUUGCUUUGUCAUACAUUUGGACAGACAGUUAGUGUGUAGGCCUAAUGUUCUUGUUUUGAAUUGUCUGUUUGUAUCUUUGAUCUAAAUGUUUAAAAUGAUAGCAAAUCAAUGUAAGAAGUAAACUGUCUUUAGCUUUAGAGGUGUUUUUAAAUGUUUACACAAUGUAUAAUACAAUUUGAAUAAUACAGUAUAAAUGAAAAUAAUGGUUAAUUUGUUUUAGAUGUGUAAUGGAAGCCAGUUUCACAAUAAUUGUUAAAAUAUACCAAAAUAUCCAUUAAAAAAUAAUGUUUAUACAAUA